AAUCAUACAUAGUAUUAGUGCAUUAAGUGAAGUUUAAAAACAAAUAAAAAUGUUCAUCGAAGAUGAUGCGCAAAUGGAAAGUUUCUGGAUACAAAGUGCUAUUGGGGCCAUAAAGGCCAUAGCAUUUGUUUGUGAUAUAAUCACAUUACCAGUGUAUUUGGUGCUACAAAGGCCAUGGAAACGUAGGCAAGAUGCAAAACGUGUCAAGGCAAAAGUUGUGUCUAGUGACGAGGCAGCAUUAAGUUAUCGGACAAUAGAACCUCCCAGAGAUGUUCAUAUAAAAAUGUUGCAGGACAACAUAGAUACUCUUGAAAAAGUUUUCAAUUACGUCGCUAAAACUCAUUCAUCAAAACGUUGCCUAGGCACGCGUCAAAUUUUGAGUGAAGAAGAUGAAGUCCAACCCAAUGGCAGAAUAUUUAAAAAGUACAAAAUGGGUGAAUAUAAGUGGAAGAACUUUAUCGAAUCCGAACGUUUAGCAGCUGCUUUUGGUCGCGGUUUGCGUGAAUGCGGCCAAGAACCUAGGAAGAAUAUCGUCAUUUUUGCAGAGACUCGAGCUGAAUGGAUGAUUGCGGCACAUGGUUGUUUCAAACAAUCCAUGUCAAUUGUUACGGUAUAUGCAACAUUGGGAGAUGAAGGCGUGGCUCACUGCAUAAGUGAAACAGAAGUGACAACUGUUAUUACAUCCCAUGACUUGCUGCCUAAAUUCAAACUGCUUUUGGACAAAUGCCCAAACGUCAAUACGAUAAUCUACAUGGAAGACCAAUUACAUAAAACUGACACGACAGGAUUUAAAGAAGGCGUAAAAAUCUUACCGUUCUCACAAGUUACACGUCUAGGCCAGGAUAGUAAAUUUGAGAGCGUUCCACCAAAAGCUGACGAUAUCGCCAUUAUAAUGUAUACUUCUGGAUCAACAGGAACACCAAAGGGAGUCCUAUUGUCACAUAAAAACUGCAUUGCAACAAUGAAAGGUUUUUGCGAUGUCGUUCCAAUCUAUCCCGACGACGUCUUAAUAGGAUUUCUUCCACUAGCUCAUGUAUUUGAGCUGGUUGCCGAAAGUGUAUGUUUAAUGACGGGCGUGCCGAUUGGAUAUUCCACGCCUUUGACAUUAAUAGACACUAGCAGUAAGAUUAUGAGAGGCUCCAAAGGAGACGCUACCGUCUUAAAACCAACUUGUAUGACAACUGUACCACUUAUAUUAGAUCGUAUAUCUAAAGGCAUUAAUGAUAAGGUGAAUUCCGGAUCUGCAUUCAAAAAAGCUUUGUUCCAGUUUCUGUACCAAUACAAAGUGAAGUGGACACAAAAAGGAUACCAGACGCCAUUGAUUGAUAGACUCGUGUUUAAGAAAGUUGCCAAGCUAAUGGGAGGACGUGUUCGUAUUAUGAUGUCCGGGGGAGCACCACUUUCACCCGACACACAUGAGCAGAUAAAAACAUGUUUGUGUGUCGAUCUAAUCCAAGGAUACGGUUUAACUGAAACCACAUCGGGAGCGACUGUUAUGGAUUAUCGUGAUAUGCAGUACGGUCGUGUUGGCGCACCUUUGACAGUUUGUGAUAUACGUUUAGUGAAUUGGGAAGAAGGAGGCUAUAGAGUCACAAAUAAACCAUAUCCCCAAGGUGAAGUUCUUGUUGGUGGAGAAUGUGUUUCUAUGGGCUAUUAUAAAUUACCAAACAAAACAGCCGACGAUUUCUUUGAGGAGGAUGGCAAACGCUGGUUUAAAACCGGAGAUAUUGGUGAAAUGCAUCCAGAUGGCGUACUUAAAAUUAUUGAUCGCAAAAAAGACUUGGUCAAGUUGCAAGCUGGUGAAUACGUCUCCCUUGGAAAAGUGGAAUCGGAACUCAAGACAUGUCCUCUUGUUGAAAAUAUAUGUGUAUAUGGUGAUCCAACCAAGCAGUUUACUGUUGCUCUUGUUGUACCGAAUCAGAAGCACUUGGAGGAGUUGUCCCUCCGUCAUGGACUUCAAGGCAAAACAUUUGAAGAGCUCUGUUCUAAUUCGGAAAUAGAAAAGGCAGUUAUUAAAGAAAUUGCCGAUCAUGCACGUAAAUGUAAACUACAAAAGUUUGAAGUUCCAGCUGCCAUUACACUAUGCAAGGAAGUUUGGUCACCAGACAUGGGACUAGUUACAGCUGCUUUUAAGUUGAAACGCAAAGAUAUUCAAGAUAAAUAUCAGCAUGAUAUUAAUCGGAUGUAUGCCUCAUGAAAUUGACUAAACAACUAGGUGCAGUUUUAGCCGGUUGGAAGUACGACCUUCGCGAAAAGUUUAACCAUGUACUAUCUUCAAUUUUUCUUACAUCACGAUCUAAAGUGGAUCA